GUCUGCCAUUGACUCAACAUCACGGCAUCAGUGGCCUUUAUAAUACGAGCAGCCACUUCAGCUUACGGUGCCGUGUCGACACUGACACAACACAGUCUGGACUUGUCAUUGGUUUGAUCUCAAUUUGAUACAAUUCCACCUCGUUUUGCCUUUGCCGUAAACAUGGCCCCCAAGGGCACAGCAGCCAGAAGACUGCUUGCCGCAGCAGUGCAAGUCCGCCAAUAUUCAGCGCCUGCAGACAGAACCAUUCCCGCGGCGAAACAGAAAUAUGUACCUACGUCUGGCACUUAUCCGAAAGGCUUUCUGGCCGGUAGCGCCUUUGCUGGCGUGAAAGCGAGUAAUACAAAAUACGACGAUCUGGCUCUCGUCGUGUCUGAGGAGCCAUGUCCCGCAACAGCGGUAUUCACACAGAACAUCUUCAAAGCUGCCCCAGUGCAGGUGUCCCAACAACUGCUGCGUAAAAGUCCCUCCCAAGGAUUCCGAGGCGUGGUUGUCAACUCCGGAUGUGCCAAUGCGGUGACAGGCGUGGAAGGUCGAGAACACGCCGAGAUCAUGGCCAGAACGACUGACGGUGCAUUCAACAACGGCGAGAACCAGGAAAGCCCAUCAACACUCGUCAUGAGCACAGGCGUCAUUGGCCAGAAGCUACCCAUCGAGAAAAUCACCAGUGCCAUCCCCAAGCUGAAAUCGAACAUUGGCAACACUCACGAGCAUUGGCUCAAUGCGGCGAAUGCCAUCUGCACGACCGACACAUUUCCAAAGCUCAUCUCUCGACAAUUUACUCUACCAUCAUCCCCAGGCACCACAUACUCCAUCGCCGGCAUGACCAAAGGUGCAGGCAUGAUCCACCCGAACAUGGCAACUCUCCUUGCCAUCGUGUGCACCGAUGCCAAGAUCGACUCAGAAUCUAUGCCCUUCCUCCUGCAAAAAACCGUCGUCGACUCGUUCAACAGCAUCUCCAUCGACGGAGACACCAGCACAAACGACACGCUCGCCUUCUUCGCCAACGGAGCCGCUGCACCAGCCGAUGCCAAACCACUCUCCUACACCUUCAAAGAUCCGAACCCAUUCCAGCAAUACAAAUCCCGCAACCCCGACAGACGCUUCGUCAGACCAGAUAUGUCACCAGACAUGGCCACCUUCGAACAAGUUCUCAGCGACUUCCUCAAAGACCUCGCCAAACUCGUCGUCCGCGAUGGUGAAGGCGCUACAAAAUUCGUCACAAUCCGCGUACGAUCCGACGUCUCCAAAGUCACCGCCAAACGAGCCGCAGUUUCCAUCGCCCGCUCGGCUCUGGUCAAAACAGCCCUCUACGGCAAAGACGCCAACUGGGGCCGCAUUCUCUGCGCAAUCGGCUACGCCCCAGGUAUCAUGUCCUCGCAAACCAUUUCCCGCAAAGACCUCACCAAGGGAAUGAUGAUUCGCACAAAGACCAAGAUUCCCUAUGAUAAACUCCACCAAGUCGAGCCUGCAAUGACUUCGGUGUCUUUCAUUCCUGCAGAUGGAUCCGAGGAACUCAAGCUGUUGGUCCGAGGCGAACCACAAGACGUAGACGAGGUGCGUGCGAAAGAGAUUCUCGAAAUGGAAGAUUUGGAAAUUCUCGUCAGGUUGGAAGACCGUGAUGAGCCAGCCAUCAACGAUGAUGGAAAGGAACGUAUGACACAUGAAGCUGUGUUUUGGACUUGUGAUUUCAGUCACGAGUAUGUGACCAUUAACGGCGACUACAGGACUUGAGAAUUCUGGUCUUCUCCGGUAGAAAGUUCUGUAAGAUAUAGGAAAAAUUGGGCA